CCUGGUAGGCCCCCUUUGGGCUUCUUUAUCUCUUCCAAUACUUGCCAGCACAACAGCUGCUCUGAAGCCAUGGCCCUGGGUCUCCUGCUGCUGGGCCUCACUCUGUUGGGAACCUUGAAUAUCCAGGCUCAAGGCUCUGUUCCAUCCAUGAUGCAAGUUCCACCUCUGAACAAGUUCCCACUGCAGCCAGACUUCCAGGAACAGCAGUUCCAGGGGAAGUGGUUCGCCAUCGGCUUGGCACAGAACAUAUUCAGGAGCAAAUGUCUAAGCCAACCAGCCAUGCACAUGGCCACCUUUGUGCUGAAAAAUGAUCACACCUUCAACGCCACCUACACCCGGGUCAGUGACAAGGGAUGUGAUCAUAGAAGUGACCCUAUGGUCCCAAGUGGCCAGCCUGGCCAGUUCAUCCUGGGCAAUACCACACGAUCAGAGAACUACACCAUGAGAGUGCUGGCCACUGACUACACCCAGAGUGCCAUUUUAUUGUACGUGUUCCGUCUCAAAGACAGGGUGUACUUUGAAAACAUGCUCUAUGGGAGGACCCUGAAGCUGAGCCCUGAAAUGGAAAUGCAAUACAUUGAAGUCGCCAAGUCUCUGGGCUUCUCGGAUGACCACAUCAUCAUCACUGCCCCCACUGCUGAGGGGCACCUGGCAAGAAGGUGGUAUAUUCUGCCCUUUAAAGCCACCAGAUAUGCUGUGGUCCAGUGUCCCAUCCCACAUAUGUUCCCUCUGCAUCUCCAAGACAGCUCCAGGAGAACCCAGAGCCUAAGGAAUGUGUGUCAUGGUCUCCAUGUGAAAAUCACCCACUGUCCCACUCCUGUGAGUGCGGCUGAGGACCUGGUGGCCUUUCAGCCAGACAGCACGCUUAGUGCUGCUCACCCUUUGAGAAAUGCUCAGGAUGAGGUAGCCCCUGUCGCCAUGAGCCCUGGACAUGAGUAUUGGCAGGGAAAUGGCAGGCUGUUCAAUGACACCCUAUUAGCAGGCUCACUCUUGCAUGGCCGCAAAAAGUGUGAUCCUGGCCAGGACCCACCUGAGAUGCACACCUAUGUCCCAGGGUACAGUGUUACCAUGAAACAGCAUCCAGAGGUGUCUGGAGAGCUGGGGGUCGCUGUGCCUUGCACCCUCUCAGGACCUUUCCACUACCCAGGCCUGAUGGAGCUUCUUCUGCACAGCCUGUUGCAGGUGACCAAGUGUUGGCCUGAGGCUGGGCUCUGGGGAGAGCAGUUCCUGGUAGUGAAGCUGCUGGAGCCCAUCUUUGCUCUUCCCUGCCCUCAUGGACCAGUGCACAAGGAGCACACCCUUGGAGUCUAUUAUGAUUGA